GGAUGCGCGCGCGGGCAGGCGCAGUUUGCUGCUGAAGCAAAACCGCAGCCAUGCGGACAUGUUACAGCUUGCUCUUGACCGCUGCUGCUCUCACAGCUGGUUUGAAGCCACCACAGCGAUCAAAAGCGAUCCGAACGACUGCCCGCAGCGCAGCCCAACCGGCGGACCUAUGCGCACAACUUCUGAACGAAGUAAACAAGUGCAACGACCUCGGCGACGGCGUCGCGCUGCUCCCGUUGAUCGUCGACGGCCACAAGGUCGGCGAGCUGCGGCCCGAAUUAGCAAAGGCGGUCGCGGACGCCGGCACGGCAUUUAGAAUAGACGCCGGUGUCGUGCGGCUCGACGCGGCGCUCGAAGCGGCCGACGAGCCGGCGCGCACGGAAGCCGUCGCGACGUGCAUCGAUCGCUUGGCGAAGGACGGCGUCGUGACGGGCUGGCGCGACGAAUUACUACCGGUCGUGGCGUCCUAUAGCGCCGCACCGGCCUUCCGCGUCGAGCGCGCCGCGUACCCGCUGCUCGGCGCCAAGGGCUACGGCGUCCACGUCAACGGCUACACUUUCGACGGAGACGAGCUCCGCGUCUGGGUCGCGACGCGCGCGAGCACCAAGGCGACGUAUCCCGGCAUGCUCGACCACGUCGCCGCGGGCCAGCUCGCCGACGUCGGCGGGAGGCCCGGGGAGCAGGUUUUGGCGGAGCUCGCGGAGGAGGCCGGCGUGCCGGACGAGCUCGGGAAACGGGCGGCGCCGGCGUCGGUUGUAAGCUAUCGCGGCGUCGCGGGCGAGGGUAAGGGCGAGCGGGUGACGAACGAGGUCUUAUUUUGCUACGACAUCGAGUUGCCGUCGUCGUUUACGCCGCGGCCCGUCGACGGCGAGGUGGAGGGCUUCGAGUUGCGAAGCGUGGACGCCGUGCUGGCCGACCUUGUAAGGGGGCGGUUCAAGCCGAACGUCGCCGUCGUGACGGUCGAUUUUUUGGUCCGGCGCGGUUUUCUGAGGCCGGAGAUGGACGGGUAUCUGGCGCUGGUCGCAGCGCUGCGGUCGGGGGACUGCUCUUAAUUUGGUAAUGUGAG